UGGGCGUGGGCGUGGCGUGCGACCACCUAGCUACCUGGCUUUCUUGCAUCGCACUGGCCAUCCACGAGCUGCAUGCGCAGCGCAGCGGCCAUGGAGAAGCUCGGCGCGAACCCGGCCAACUCCUGCCCGCUCACGCCGCUGGGCUUCCUGGAGCGUGCCGCCACCGUGUUCGGCGACUGCCCCUCCCUCGUCUACCACGGCACCGUCUUCACCUGGUCCCAGACCUACCGCCGCUGCCUCCGCCUCGCCUCCGCGCUCUCCGCCCUCGGCGUCUCCCGCCGCGACGUCGUGUCCGUGCUGCUGCCGAACGUGCCGGCCAUGUACGAGGCGCACUUCGGCGUGCCCAUGAGCGGCGCCGUGCUCAACACCAUCAACACGCGCCUCGACGCGCGCACGGUCGCCGUCCUGCUCCGCCACUCCGGCUCCAGGCUCGUCUUCGUCGACCCGGUGCUGGUGGCGCUGCUCGACGACGCGCUCUGCCUCCUCCCGCCGGAGCACCCGGCCCCGCGCGUCGUGCUCGUCGAGGAUCCCCACGAGAAGGAUCAGUUCCCUCCGGCCUCGGCCACGGAUCUUACGUACGAGAGGCUCCUCGAGAUGGGGGAUCCGGAGUUCAAGUGGGUCCGGCCGACCAGCGAGUGGGACCCGAUGGUGCUCAACUACACCUCCGGCACCACGGCUGCGCCCAAGGGGGUCGUGCACUGCCACCGCGGAAUCUUCUUGGUGACCAUGGUGUCGCUCGUGGACUGGGCUGUGCCGCCGCGGCCGACGUUCCUGUGGACGCUGCCCAUGUUCCACGCCAACGGGUGGAGCUUCCCCUGGGGAAUGGCCGUCGGCGGCGGCACCAACGUCUGCCUCCGCCGUGUCGACGCCAUGGAUGUAUACGCCGCCAUUGCGGAUCACGGGGUCACGCACCUCUGUGGCGCGCCCGUCGUGCUUGCAAUGCUGGCCAACCCGCCGGAGGGUGUGCGCAAGCCUCUGCAUAGGAAGGUGCGGAUCAUGACGGCCGGAUCACCGCCGCCGGCCGCGGUGCUGCAUCGCGUGGAGGCCAUGGGCUUUGAGGUCAGCCAUGGGUACGGGCUGACAGAGACUGGAGGUCACGUCGUGUCGUGCGCGUGGAAGGGCGAGUGGAACAAGCUGCCGGCGUCGGAGCGCGCGCGGCUCAAGGCGAGGCAGGGCGUGCGCACGCCCGGCAUGGCCGAGGUGGACAUCUUCGACGCCGACACAGGCCGCAGCGUGCCCCGGGACGGCGCCACCAUGGGCGAGAUCGUGCUCCGCGGCGGGUGCGUCAUGCUGGGCUACCUCAACGACAGCGAGGCGACAAAGGCGGCGAUCCGGGACAACGGGUGGUUCUACACGGGGGACGUGGGCGUGAUGCACCCGGACGGUUACCUCGAGAUCCGCGACCGGUCCAAGGACGUGAUCAUCAGCGGCGGCGAGAACAUCAGCAGCGUGGAGGUGGAGUCGAUGCUCUACGGCCACCCAGCGGUGAGCGAGGCGGCGGUGGUGGCGCGGCCGGACGAGUUCUGGGGGGAGACACCGUGCGCGUUCGUGACCCUGAAGGAGGGCGCGGCAGGCGCGGUGACCGCGACCGAGAUGAUCGCGUGGAGCCGGGAGCGCAUGGCGAGGUAUAUGGUGCCCAAGACCGUGGUAUUCCGCGGCGAGCUGCCCAAGACGUCCACCGGCAAGGUCCAGAAGUACGUGCUCCGGAAGCUCGCCCAGGAGAUGGGACCCACUCGCAGGGGUAGCAGUAGCAGCAGCAAGAUGUAGUGUACGGCAUGGCAAUGGGCAAAGGGUUUGUCUCUAAAAUUUGAUCCCUUUUUCCUUCCCAAAACCUAAAAAGUGGUCGGGUGCUCCCUUGUCUUACAGAGCACACGCGCUCACGCGCCGUCCGAUCCCCAUCUCGCGGCCGCGCGUGUUUCAGGUGGAAACCGCCGCCCGCUUCAUCGAUGCGUGCGCCAGGUGUCCCCUGGUCGUGGCGUCGUGGUCGAGAUCCAUUGGGUACUCAGAGCGGUCUCGUCUCGCCUCCCCAUUCCCGUUCCUCCCAUUUCGAGACAGCUGUCAAGCGCAGCGGAGCGGAUCCCCUUUCCUUCCACUUCCAAUCCCCCAAAUCCAGAGCAGCCGGCGGCGUGGCGGCGAUUCGGCGGCCGUCUUCCACCGGAGUGAGGGCGGGAUAGCGUGCCGGCGUGAAGGAAGGCGGUGCAGCGCCGGAGACGCGACCGAGGAGGGACGACGCGCGCGCCUUCACCGUGUUGUUCGUGCUGCAGAAUCGCCUUGCUGUGUGGUAGCAGCAGGCCGCGGCGGAAGGAGCAGCAGUACCGGAGACGCGGCAGAGGAGGAAGGGCGCGCGCGGCCGCUGUUCGGUUGGCGCAGAGGGGCAAAAUCGCGCCGAACAAAUCCCUGUAAGCCCAUCGAUCUCUUCCGCUCUUCCGCGUUUAGGUUGUCCAAAUUGAUGCGCUCCGCCGCGGCAGAGGGGGAACGACCCACGUGCGGCCGCCAUGCGGUUGUUGCAGAGGUGCCGAAUCGCGGCGGGUCGAUGCGCUCCUCCAUGUUUGACGAAAUCGACUAGCAGAUGGUAGAAUGGAUGAAGCACUCGUUAAUUUUGGGCGGACGACGACACGGGGCAUUUGGUGUUCUUAGGCUACUGGUGAACUAGGAUUCGAAGGCAAGCCUUGGUGCUGUAGAUUUCUGUUGUGUGUGUUGGGGUUAGGAUGCUCAUGAAGGCUGUAUAUUAGGCGAUGUUUUUUGGUGCUGUAGAUGUCGGGGGUUGCUCCUGAUGGGUGAUUGACUUGCCUGAUAUGGUAUAUGUGUUGCCUACGCAGGUGUUUUGAUAGUGUUUUUGAUUUAGUGUAGGCGAAUAAUGUUUCUUCCAUGUCGAUGUUGCCCCUGUUUUGUGAGCGACUUGCCUGAUAUGGGUCAUGUGUUGCCUAUGCAUGUGUUUAGCGCCAGUGGGCAGUAAUGUUUCUUCCAUGUCGAUGUUUCCCCUGUUUUUGUGAGUGACUUGCCUGAUAUGGUUCAUGUGCGUUGCCUAUGCAUGUGUUUAGCGCCAGUGGUUUUUGAGGACAGUAAUGUUUCUUCCAUGUCGAAUGUUGCCCCUGUUUUGUGAGUGACUUGCCUGAUAUGGUUCAUGUGUUGCCACGCAUGUGUUUAGCGCAAGUGGUUUUGAUUUACUGCAGGAAAGUAGUGAUUUAGCAACGGAAAACGUACAUGUGAUGUUUUGUGUGUGCGUGAGGUAGGAAGUAAUCCAGCAGAGGGAGGGUAAUAGGGCUAAUUGUAGGACAGUUUUAAGCACUUCAUGAGAAGUCAUUCAGUGAUUUUGUUUUAGGUGCUUUGAUUUGUUUCAGAGUUUAUAGGACAUGUAGAGGGAGGGUAAUAGGGCCAAUUGUAGCACAGUUGUAACAUAGUGAAAAUCAGAUAGUUUACAACCCUUUUCAUUGUCCACUUUUUUUUUGUAAAUUGUUGUUUGCUUAGUUUAGUAAGAAUUUAGUCAAACGAAUUUUUUUGGAUGAUAUAGAGUUCUUUCAGAAUCAUUUUUCUAUUUUUUUAAUGAUGAAUCUCACUGUUUGUCCUUUAAAUAUGCAGCAGAAAAUAGAUGGCUGGGACAAGUCAUAAGUCAAAACAGGAUGGACUUGUUGGAUCAAGUCAUGAUGACCUUGCAUCUCAUGGGAAUGAAGAGCAUCAAACACAGCCACGAAGCAGUGCACCAAUAACUGGGUACAAGCGUCAGAGAACUAAAGCAGUUAUUGCACGGGGGAAGCGUCCUGAUGAUAUUAUUAGUAAUGAGAAUAGUAACGAGAGCCAAGCUGCAGAUGUUGGGAAUAAAAAUGUCGAAGGUGCAGACGUCGACCAACCUCCAAAACCAAAACGCCAGAAGAAGGGAGGAACUGAGGGUCGUAGGAACAGGGCAUCCCCUGCAAGGCUCUGCAAGUUGAACAAGGACUUGGUUCCUGACCAAAAAGGGUCAUCAUUGGAAAAGAAUUUGGUGGCAUUCUGGAUCUUGCAACGAGUAGCAUGCCCGGAGAUCUUAGCCAGUGGAUAAUGAAGCAUUACGACCCUGAGAUUUCGCAGAUAGUCAUUCCAGAAAGGGGGAAGAUUCCUGUAGAUGCCGCAAGUGUCCGUAGGAUAUGCGGUUUGCCAAACAGGGGCAAGAAGGUGUGCUUCGAGAAUCGGCCUGAAAUCACAAAGGCAAUGUACAGUAUUUACAACAUCACAUCCAAGAACUCCCCAACCCUCACAGAAUGGUGCAAGAUGAUCAUAGACAUGGGAGGAUCUCAUGAUGAUGACUUUGUCCGCGCUUGGCUAGCUCUUGUUUUUUCGUGCUUCCUUGCCCCUUCAACUAGUUUGAGUAUUUCCCCAAAGAGCUUCCCGGCGGUCAUGGAUGUCAAUGGAAUAACGGAAACCAAUAUAUGCCAGUUUGUUGUUGAUCAACUAAAGCUUGCGUUCACUUCGGGGCGUGCCAACAAGAAGGAUGUUUGUUGUUGUGUUUUCCACCUUGUUCUGUUGUACCUAGACUCUCUGGAUGUUGAUGAGCCAAUCCCGAACUUGGUACCAAGGGUUUCAGUUUGGAAUUCAGAUUUAAUUUCCAAAGUUAUCAAGAAGGACAGGAAGGCUCCAAGAGAAUACGGCAAAUUGCGGCUCAAGAUGGAGUUUUUCCGGUGUGCGGAUGAUAGCUUGUUUGGCAGUAUGGACCACAUCACCAAAUUUGUUGCCACAAGAUUGCCCGAGUUGUAUGACAAAACACCCAAGGGUAAUUGAAUAUGGCAAAUACUUUGUCAUAGCCAGGGAGCUCGCAAACUCAAUGAAGAAGGAAGGUUUUGUCUUCAGCCAUGUAAUGGAAGUUGGUAUAGAGUCUCUAAUGAUGAACUUGCCACCAGACUCAAAGAAGCUCGUGAUGCCGCUCAGGUUCUCGGUUCAGAUGCAAAACAUGGAAUUGAACGACAAGGAGCUCAUUUCCCAGUUCAAGAAGUCGAAUCGCUUGGACCGUAAAGACAUGAUUAUGUUCCCAGUUUUAGAGAACAUUAACAAGACAAAGCCUAAAACAGGCAAUCAUUACUGGAUUUUUAACGUGAACAUAAGGGAUCGACGUUUUGAAGCUCUUGAUUCUUGGAGGACGCUCAAAAACAAGGCUCUAGAUGUUUGCGCAAGGAAAAUGGUUGCAAGUUUUCGGUCUCUAUGGGAAGAGCAUUACACCAGUUCCCGCAUCUCGCUGGAGGACUUUGGGCUUACCAACAUCGACGUUCCAAAAAAAACUGAGUUUGACUGUGGUGUUUUUGCUCUUACGCUAGCAAACGGUUGGGAGGCAAGGGUUGUUCCAAAUUUCACAGCUGGGGAUAUUCCAAGCAUCAGGAAACAAUUGACUAACACGUGGGUUGACAAUGCCAACAACACGGCUCCAUGGAAAACCAUACUCAAGUUAGCAUAGGCAACAUUGAUUUUGGGGAAGCAAGCCUCCUGCCAUAGAAGUGCUACUUUGAAGUGUCUUCAGAAUGGAAUUCACUCCCAAUUCAGAGAGAAUAGAGCAUGCUUUGUGCUAGGAAAAACUUAAGUUAGCAGUUAUGGGCAUGAUCGCUCUUUUAUAUUCAGACUAUUUUUUUCAGUACCUAUGUUUUUGUGUUAGAAAAAACUUAAGUUGACAGUUUUAGGUUUCAUCUUAUAGCAGCAAGCUUGUGUGUUCUGGAUAUGCUCAGUAUGUUUUGAAGUAACGUUUCGCAGCUGAGAUA